AUGCGUUUCUACACUCCACUCCUCGUUCUCUUCGCUUCCCUUACGACCGCCCAGAUGGGCCCCGACGAUACUAUCUGCGAAUUUCUCUAUGGCACCGACUACACCGACGCCUGCUGCCACACCGUCAUCAGUCGAGGCGUAAACGCGCCCUGUACCGACAUCGAGUAUGUGAGCAACUUGACUGAGUGCUCUACGUAUCAUUAUCCUACUGGGUGGGCUGUUUGUAUUGAGAAGUGGCCUGAUUUUCCCACAUGGAUUCAUAUGCCUGUCAAUUGGCGUAGCAUUAGGGUCGUUGAGCUAAUGCUUAAGCAGGAUCCCGCUCAUCCCGCCUCAGGCCCUCUCUUCGGCCACGGACCCAGUGGAAUCGUGUCUGAAUACAUGACGCUUGAGGAUCUAGAGCAGGUAUACUGGGAUUACUUUAGUUCCAAUGCUAUGGGUGAGACUAUGGCUGCUGCCGUCGCUGCGAAGAAGAACGCUUGAGCGGGACGUAUGCCGCACCGUACUUGGCUGUAUGAUGGAUGAUUGAGAAGAAAUGACGGCUGGAUGGCACGUUGCAUGGCUCUGUCACUCGUUUGGAGUACAUGUGAACGGGUAGAGGUAACAGUCAGCAGGAAGAAUGGGGUAACGUUGGAUUGGG